UACACACCAACUACCCCACGCAAAGUACCGACCUUUUUUGUUUUUUUUUCCCAAGAAGUCAAAAACGCCGAUCCGGGAAAAGGGUCGUCGGAAAUGGCGGCGACGACGACCUCGCAGCUCUCGUGCUUCUCGGCAAUCAACCGGCAGUUUCACCACCGCAGACACUCACUUUUGUGCACAACCCGUCCUCCCCAGUCAUGGGUUGUUAUGAGCCUUGAAGGCAGUUCUGAUGUCAAUACCACUCUGAGUUACACAUCCGAUGAUGCGCCAAAACCACCCCAUGUUGAAAGAGCAGCGAAUUUGCAUUCGGACGCUGCUGCUGGGAAUUCUGGGACUGCCAGUGAGCCACAGCUGGAACUGGGUGUCGCUGAGCAGAAAAGAGCUGCCAAAAUCCAUGAUUUUUGCUUUGGCAUUCCCUUUGGUGGGAUCGUUUUAAGUGGGGGUCUUAUUGGUUUCAUUUUUACAAGAAAUCUUUCUACUCUGAGCUCUGGUGUGCUGUAUGGAGGAGCUUUGUUGGCCCUCAGCACUUUUAGCUUAAAGAUAUGGAGGCAAGGAAAAUCCAGUUUACCAUUUAUUCUAGGACAAGGAGCAUUGGCGGCUGCCCUUCUCUGGAAGAACUUUCAAACCUACUCAUUGACAAAAAAAGUGUUUCCAACAGGCUUCUAUGCUGCAAUUAGCGCUGCAAUGCUGUGCUUCUACUCAUAUGUGCUGCUUUCUGGAGGAAAUCCGCCACCAAAGAAGUUGAAAUCAUCCCCAAGUGUUGCAUCUUGAUAGGAAGAAUAAAGGUCAGAUUAUAUUUCAAAAAUGAAAAUUUUUAAUGGUCGUGCCUUGUAGACGACCUAAGUUAAGGUCAUGGAUAGAUGAAGGAGUAUGUUUAGUGGAAACACAGGUAUGAGUCAUUUUUGUAUCUUAUCAUGUUUUUAAGUGGGUGAAGCAGCUGGAAACUUGUUACUUCUUGACAUGCUGUCUGUAGAAAUAAUGCCACUAUUGAAAUUUUACUAGUUUGAUGGAUGUGGCUUUUAUUUUGUGCUAUGAGAAGAAAGUCCUUACUGAACAAAAUUUGUACGACAUAAUUUAUCUUAUUAUUGAAAGUCAUUUGUCAUCUCCAA